GUAGGAAGGAUGAAGGGAGAAAAGGACGAAGAUAAGAAAAAGUCCAGUGAUGUCAGGCGGAAGGGCCGCCUAACCGUUUUUAAUUUUCCCGCGUCUUUCUCGUUUCUUUUCUUUCCUUCUCUUCUUCAUCCUUCUUCCCCUCACAUCCCCUUUUUCCGCGUCCUCGAUCUUUCGCGCCUCCUUUGCGAGCGUCAUGAUUGACCGUCCUCCUUCCAUCGCUCGCUCUUAAUCGUUUCUCACCAUGGCCGAGAAACGCCGUUUGUCGGCACGCGAACGUCGCGAACCUGCGGCGAAGAGACGGGUCUCCGAAGCCGCGCCUGCAUCCCAGUCCUCGAAGAAAAAGGCCUCUAUCCCUACGGCAGCUCCCUCGCCCACCCCGGCUCCAGCCCCGGAACCCGAACCCGAAGUGGUUGAAAAACCGCUGCCAACGAAAAUCAAAGAUGGGGAAGGUCUCCCCACUCUGUCGUCGCCGCAGUCAGAGACCCUAUCCAACAAGGAAUAUCAGUCGAUCGCAGAAAGUGCGGUUCUUCUCGCCUCCCUAGAACGGUCUAAGAAGAAGUGGCUCAGCGAUGGAAUCUUGGUGCGAUACUGGACCAAACCCAAAAAGACGAAGAGGGAGCAAAUCGAAGGCAAGAAUCCGCCCAAGGAGUCCAUGUCGAAAGUUGGACCCUGCAACAUCGUGGUUGGCCCUCAUUUGUUCGAUGCCAUGCUCUACACCGUCAAAGACCCUAAUGCGCCUCCGCCGAUUCAAUACACGCCGCCUCAACGACCCAUGGUACACUAUGGUCAUCCGAAUAACUUCCAGCAGUACCAUCCCUAUCCCUCUCCCGCUCCGCCCCAGCAUGGACGACAGCACCUUCCUCAAACUCCCACGCAUGCACCGUCCCCUCAGCCGGGUCACCAACCAAACAGCCAUCCGCCUCCUCCGCCUCCGAAUCGAACACCUAACCACCCUACUCCCCGGCCGGCUCCGCCGCCGCCUGGGCCUGGCCCUCAAUCAGCACAGAGACCAUCCCCGUCCCAACAACCGCAGCCGCCGCAACCUGCGAAGCCUAGUCCGGAUCCGGUUAUCCAAAUGCUUGCCACCCGUGCCGCGUCAGACCCUGAUCUCAAGGCGUUGAUGAGGGUAGUCGCAUCGAGCAAAGCAUCACAAGAGCAGCUUCGCGCUUUCCAGGCCCACAUCGAUGAGUUGAAUGCCAUCAUCCGGGCAAGGGAGCAACAGCAGCAAAGGCAGCAACAGCAACUACAACAGUCAACCCCUGGUCAGUCUCAGGCAUCGCCUCGAACGCCGCAACCAACACCACAGCAGCAAGCGCCACAGCCCCAAUCAUCGCAAAGACCUCCGCAAUCAGCGCAGCAGAGUGGACAGCAGGCAGGUCCGCAACCACCGCAAAAUCCCCCGCUUCAACAGAAGCAAAGUACGCCGAAGUCGCAGCCGACACCAUCCCAAACGCAAGAUCAGUCAUAUCCACGAGUUGAAGUGCAAAUCCCUUCGCCUUCUUCAUCCAGGGUUACGCCAAGCAAAGUUCCUCCUCAAACGCCUAAUGCCCAGAAACCCGGUUCCACUCCGCAAGUGAAGCAAGAACCUGGGACGACAGGACAGCCUCUCAAUGUAGAGCCUAGCCCGGCGGUUCGUCCCAUGCCACCACCUCAACAAACUCCAGGAGCGGGCCCGCGAUCAGGACCGCAGCAUCCGUCUCAACAGCAUCAGCAGCAACAGCCUCACCAAGGCCAUCCACCUGCAAUCCAGUCCCGACCCCCGCAAUACGGUUCUCCAACUCCUUAUUAUCGCCCAGCGCCUCCGCCGCCGCCUCCACGGAUGAAUUUCAAGUCGGUUGUCUUUGAGUUCACUUCACCACUCACGCCGUAUGGAAGCAGUACCUCCGGACAUGCGGGAUCUGGUGAUCGAUAUUUGUUCCCUGAAUACACGAUCCUCGAAUGGCUUCCGGGAGGGAACACGGUGUUAGCAUCAUUCUUACUUGUGAAGAAGGUUGACCCGAACUUACCAUUCCCCAUUGAAACUGCACCGGACGCAGGAAACACACGGGCCAAAGGCAAAUCGGGGUCCCGGUCCAAGAAGUCUGACAAGAAGAAAGCCAAGGACAAAGAGAAAGAGGAGAAGGAGGAGAAGGAGGAGAAAGAGAAAGAGAAGGAUAAGAAGGAAGAAAGCAAGACAGCCGAAGAGAAGGACAAAAGCAACGCUCAACCUGCUAGCACUCCGCAAGAUCCGUCUUCGACAGAGUCCAAACAGCCCGCCACUGAAGGAGACAAAACAGCCGGUGAACAGAACCAACAAAAAGACCAAGCAAGCGCUACCCCCAGCAAAGCCGACUCUGGCAAACAACCAGCCAAAGAAAAGUCCGAAGAUGCAAAGGAUACCUCCAUUCUGAAAGAGUACUACCAACCCGUCACCUUCCGCAUCCACAGCACCAACCCCAAAGUUCUCGAGCCCCUGAACCGCGUCGUGAAACCGGCCGAUGAAGUUCGCAAGUACAUGAACGAGGUGAUGGAUCGCGCUGAGCGCGCUCCCGACGGUUUCCUCGCCUACCGCCUCCCUCGUGAAGAGAUCCCCGAGGAGCCCGAAGUAGAGGAGACCAAGAAAUCUGGUACUCCAGUUCCUGUUUCCACUGGACGAAAACCAUCUCGCGGCAAGGCUGCCGUUGAUGAGUCGGAUGUUGAGAACAGUGAGUUUGUCGAGGAGCCUGAUGAAGAAGAGGAAGAAGAAUUGAAGGACUUUUAUGGCGCGCCGACGGGCCUUUUACCCAUGGCUCCCAUGUAAUGUUACUGGGGGGAUAAAUAUUCUUAUAUACAUAUGCGUACAUGAAGCUUUUACUGCUGAGUUUGUUUAGCGUUGUCAUUAUUCCGGUGUUGGGCUACGGCUGUCACUACGAUAAUCACUAUUUACCUGUCUUCAGAGUUUGACUGCGAAAGAGAUGAGAUAGGUCAAUUAGAGAAGCCUGUAGUGCUUUCUCACACACUUCCUCAUGUACCACUCUGUAUUGUAGACUCAUAUCCAAGUACCCUAAAGGAUAACAGUACCUACUAGCACCCACAAAAAGCCAAAAGCCAAGAACGCCACAAGAUUAAAACCGAAGAACCGAGGAAGGGAGAGUCAAAACACCGAACCAGUCAGUCCAUGUCUUUCCAAACCCCAACAAAUCAAUGUCAUACCCCUUAGACACUUCCUCCCUGUCGACCCGUUCCGUCACCGAUCAGUCCCGCCGUCUCCAGUAGCCAUCGCGCGCUCUCAGCAGCGCUAUCGCCCGCCCCGGCCUUGAGAUUCAGAUUCCGUCUUCGUUCUGCCUCGCGGGCUUCGAACUCCCAUUUCGCUUGCUGUAGUUCCACGGCGCUCUGCCCUUGCUCGGAUGAUGCGGUCGUCGGGUCAGGGACCAGGCCCCAGAUCUCGAGAUUGUAAAUGUCGAUGUGGGUUUUGGUUGUGGUGCUGGUCUCUGUGGGAGACAAGGUAGCAGGCGGUAGGAAGACGCCGUUGUGCCCGACCGGGGACACGUAGAAGGUGGCGGUCUCGAGGCUGGUGUCGAUGGUUAGGCUACCUGCGCCGUGCGGUGAAGGAGGAAGCGGUUGGGUUCGCGAGGAAGGGGGAAUCUGACAGCCUAGGGCGAUGCCGGCGGCGGAGGAGAAGUAGGCUGUGGGCAUGUUGGGCUUUUGGAUGGAUGGGGAUGGGUUUCCUCGGAGGAUGAGGUGUUUGUGGGAAAGCUGGAAGAGGCAAGGCAGGGCUGUUGAGUCGGAGGGCUUGGAGGGGUACGAUGAAGGGGAUUUCCAGGGUUGAGGGAGGUAGGCGCCUAGUAGCACUGUACUAUCCUGCUCCGUUGAUCCGAUCACGGCACCUUCGAGAAGCAUGAGCGUGCCUGAUUGCCAGGUGAGUACGUUGUGUGAAAAGGAUGUCAGAGAGGAACCGUGUUCUGCCGUUGAAAAUACGGGGUGUAGGCGCAUGUUUCCGUGGAAGAAAUUCUUGUUGGAUACGGUAGAAGGCAGAAAGAAAGAGAGAUGAGAUACGAUGCUGGGGUUAAUGAUCACGGAUUUGAAGCUACCAGGGAGCAUGACAGAUUCCGGGGGUGGCGGCGUUGACUCUGAUAUCUCCUCGAGUGGCUCAGUCGCAGGAGGAUCGUCUGAAGAGCGCUUUUGGGACAGGUUCAGGUUUUUGCUAAACAGUAGAUGCUCGAACAAUGGCGUCAAUGGAUCAAAUAGGUAAGGGAAACAGUGGGUGAUGGUGUUGGCAAAGGUCUUAUAGCCAAUGCCCCCGGAUUCUUCCUGGGCGAAAGCCGAUAAGAUGUUAUCUGCUUCUUUCCGAACGCUCGUCAUGCGGCUUUCUGACAGAUCAGACGUAUACGUUCGCACAGGCUGAAGUGUCUUCAGCGGCGAUAUCACAAGGAGCAUCAUCAGGAGCCGCCGGAAGGUUGCAACAGAAAUGCGGGCUUCGUAGACAGCCUUGUCAAUGCGGGAGUCAUGCCUGAAGACCUCAAUAGCAUCCAAGGAUUCGAGAGCCGCGAGCGCGAGAUCGUCGUCGUCCUCUUCCUCGUAGCUGUCAUUGACCGGUUCAUCGAUAGAGAAUCCUUGCGCAUAGGUUUUAACAGAGGGAUCGUCAUUCUUAUUGUCAUCCGUGUUCUCCUCAGUUGUCGGCUUAUCAAGAUCUUUCCGCCCAACAUCGGCAAGACUGCCAAAUAGCAACCUGAUUCUGUCUUUGCGUGCCCGACGCAAGACCUUGCCAUAUCGCUCUGUCAGUAGCACAACUACUUUGACCAUGGCCUCGAAUGUCAGAACGCUAGGGGCCAGCGUGUUCUGGAAGGGGAAUGCUCCCAGGUACGACACCAUGCGGAAGAUCACAGGGCCCGCAUCCAGCGGACAGUCGGCAUCGCUGCUGUCUGGAAUACCCAGGAAGUCCGAGAGGAUCUUCUCAUUCCAGUACUUCAUGCCACCCUGGUCUAUGGCACGGGUGAAGAAGUUGUCUUUGAAAUGGGUUAGUUCCAAAGGGGUGAAGCAUUUUGUGGCGAAACGCUCAGCGAGUAUAUAGCUCAGCUCCUCUGUUUGAUUAUUAGUAUAUAUGACUAGUCGGAUGAGGUUUCUCUUUGAAAGUAUUUGAUGGCCGAAGGCAGCCUUCCCGUGUACCAAAAUGAAGGGAUAAAGUACUAACCUGGCGAGGAGGUCUGGCCGUGAUUUUCAGUCGAUGAACCUACCCCCAUUGUGUAUACUGGAGCGAAUGCAAUUAAUCGGGCGUGAUGAUCGUCCGAAAUGAGUCAAAAGGCCUAGAAUGAACGGCUGAAUUGAUGCAUAUAUGUCACGACGGAUGGCCCCAUAAACAGAGUGACCCGGUUGUCAUUAGGAUGUUUAUAAGGAUCUAUAGGACGAGGAUGAGACGAGGAAUGAUAAAGAUACUAUCCACAGCGCGAGGUGCUGGUCAUACAGUCGAAGAAUACAUCAAGUCGAGUCAGGCAACCCGCAAGGGGAGAGAUGUUGACAUGAGACGGUCUGGAAGCGAGGGAGACGAAGACGUCACGGAUGCGGAAACAUGACAGCCUUGGCGCCUGGGGCAGACCCGGCUAUUUUGGGACUUU